AAGACCGUAGAGCUGCUCGGCAUCUGUGUCAAACGUCGAAAUUCCGUCGGUCGAGACCGUGUGUGCUGGUCUUGCAGUAAGAAGUAUGCUUCUGAUAAUUGCGGGAUCGGAAAAAUAAUAAGUCUUCGUCAGCACGGCACACGAGUGAAAGUGAUUUUCCCUGUUUUCCGGGAGGCAAUGAACAGUGGACUUUGUUUUACCGUCGCUGCUGUGCACAGUGUGAGAAGUGUCGCCUUCCACCUCGGUCCGUUCCUUCCACGUGUUUGAGGUUAGGGUGCCGAUCGGUACCAUCGAAUUGCGGCUGUGAAAAUAGUUGAGGAAGGGGUUUCGGGGGACGUGAAACAAGCGACAGCACGAGCCAAGCUUGGCCCAGGUGUUACAUAAAGAGCGUGAAGAAAAAGAACCCAAACGCACGCAUCAACCAUGGCAGCCAGUGACAGCAGCAAACGACCCUCGCCUUCCGUGCUAACCGUUGCCUUGCGAACAAAUUACGACGUGCGUCGCAGCACCAUUGGAGCGAAAUGGAGCGACGGUGUCGAAUACUUGCAGUACCUGCACGAAACGCAACCGAUCCACCCGACGUGUCCUCCGACGAAGGAUGAACUGAUCGCUUCCGGCCAACUGCCGGACCCGGCAACCACGGCAGUUGUGGACCCUGAGGCACUGUUCGAGGAGCUGUUUUCCGUCGAUAUCGAUUACCUAAAAAGUUUAGAUCCGAAGGAUUGGAAAAAUCAGGACCACUAUGCCGUACUUGGUCUGAAGCGUAUGAGGUUUACUGCGACCGACGAGGACAUUAAGCGUGCAUACCGAAAGAUAGUAUUGAAACAUCACCCGGACAAGCGGAAAGGCUUAGGUGAGGAAGUAAAGCAGGACGAUGACUACUUCCACUGCAUCACGAUGGCGUACGAAACGCUGGGCACGCUCAAGAACCGGCGCGCCUUCGAUUCGAUCGAUCCGGAGUUUGACGACACGCUCCCGACGCAGUCGGAGGUUGAGAAAGAUUUCUACGGCUCGCUACGUGACGUUUUCAAGCGUAACGCACGCUGGAACGAAUCGCGCAAGGAAGCGCCACAGCUGGGUGAUGACAAUACGCCCCGCGAGCGGGUUGACGAUUUCUACGACUUCUGGUACAGCUUUCAGAGUUGGCGUGAGUAUAGCUACCUUGACGAGGAGGACAAGGAAAAGGGUCAGGAUCGGGAGGAGCGGCGCUGGAUCGAAAAGCAGAACAAAGCGAUCCGCCUGAAGCGCAAGAAGGAAGAAUCGGCCCGCAUUCGAUCGCUCGUCGAUCUGGCGUACAACAACGAUCCCCGUGUGGUGCGUUUCAAGCGGGAGGAAAAGGAACGCAAGCUGGCAGCCAAGCGUGCGAAACAGAACGCCUACCAGGCGCAAAAGGCUGAGGAGGAGCGCGUGGCUAAGGAAGCGGCCGCGGCCAAGGCUAAAGCGGAGGAAGCCGAACAGAAGCGCAUCGAGCUAAUACAGGUCGAGCGUGAGCGCACGAAAAAGAUACUGAAAAAAGAACGCAAACUGCUACGAGACACCGCCAAGGGCAAGGAUUACUACGCUAAGGACGACAAGGAGCGCCUGAAGCAUCUGGAGGGUGUCGAGAAAAUGGUCGAGUCUUUCAAGCUGCUCGAGCUGCAGGAGUUCAACAAAGAGCUGGUCGCGGGUGGCCGCGAUGUGUUUGUGAAGGCACUGGAUGAGCUGGAGGUGAAGCUGGAAGCGGAACGAAUGGCGACGGUGAGGACGACGGCGUCGAGCGAGACGAUACCUAACAAUACCGGGUUGAAGGUGGUCAACCGGAAGGCCAUGUGGUCGCACGACAACGUGCAACUGCUGAUCAAGGCUGUCAAUCUGUUCCCGGCCGGUACGAUCUCGCGCUGGGACGUGAUAGCGAACUACCUGAAUCAGCACGGAACCGGGCUGGGGGAUUUAAAGUUCUACGCGAAAGACAUCCUCAGCAAGGCCAAGGAACUGCAGAGUGGCGACUUUUCCAAGAGUGACCUUAAGACCAUGGUGAACCAGCAGGCGUACGAAUCGUUCGAGCGCACGAAAAAGGACCUCAAGAUAAUCGACAACUCCGAAAUCAGCACCAAGGAGGCGGAGGCCGAAGCGGCCGCCAACAAGGCAAAGGCCAAUGCCAAGCAGAACGGUAACAGUGGCGGGAAACCGGAGCCCAUGGUGAACGGUACCGGUGGAGCGAAGCAUGGCGGUGCGGAACACGGUACAGAGGGUAAAGAAAAUCGCAAUAACAAACAACAGCAGCAAAAGGACAAACAGCAAACGCCACCACCUGCUGCUGCUCCGUUGGUCAAUGGAACCAGCACGGACAAGAAACCAGUGACCGCUGAAGCGGAAGGAAAACCAGCUGCGACAACCGGAGGCAAAAAGGAAAAGGAGGCGAACCGGGUGUGGAGCAAGGAAGAGCAAGCGCUGCUCGAGCAGGCCAUCAAAACGUACCCGGUGUCGUGCGGUCCGGAUCGUUGGGACCGGAUAGCGGAAUGUAUACCGAACCGGACGAAAAAGGAUUGCAUGCGGCGCGUCAAGGAACUGGUUGAUCUGGUUAACGCCAAGCGCGAAGCACAGCAAGCGGUCAAGUAGUUUAACGGAAGUAAUUGUGUGCGUGCGUGACAGAUAGGUAGGAUAGAACGAGAGAUAGAGGAAGAGAAAGAGAGAAGGUGAAAGAAAAAGCCUCCUUGGUUUCGAAUUUCCGUUCGAUCUAAACCGAUGAUGUUAGACGAGAAUGUAAUGCUGUAAAAUGUACAUACUUCUAGUAUCCUGGUCCAUCAUUUAGAACAAAAAGAAAACACAAAAGAAACACCACCACCCACAUACAAUGCAAGACGAGUCGAGAAAAACAACACAUCGUGACCAACCAAUUAGGAAUAACUUGAUAAAUUUUAUCAGACAUUAAAGUACAUCAAAUCAUUGAUCAAAAUUGUUUCUUUAGAAACCCGGGGGUUUUGGCGAGAAUGUGGUCGUUGUGGCUUAAGCGAAAGAUAGAGCGCGAACUGUGUAACUCACAAUCGCUAGAAAGAACUGGCCGCGAAUCUCCCUGUGUUUAUUUUCGUUCGAUAUCGAAAUUGCGGGCAUUGCGGAAACUCUCUUUCAACCGAAAACGAACACAAACUGUUUUAGAUUGCGUCGCCCAAGUCUACGAAAGAGGAGGCAUACCGAACCCAUAUUUGUAUUUGAUUUUUUUUGUUUUUCGAUAAAACGAUAGAUCGUCUAUUCGUCGUUGUACGAAGUGUUGGUGGAUUUUACGCGCGACUACGACUCCAUCCGGCA